AUGGACGUGAUAUUCCUGCGUCAAAAGCUUUUGAUUAUAUUUCUGGUACUCCUGAAGGAGUAGGACCUGUGAAUCCAGGACAGAUUAUCAUGGCAGGACUGAAUGUAAAUGGAAAAAAUCUUUCUAAAAUCAAGUUUCCCACGGUUGUAAGAACUGGACUAUUUAUUGCAAAUAAUUUAUAA